GAGCAAGGUCACCUGUUUAUCAUUUCAUUUCCGUUUUGCGCCUAAUCCUUUCAACUUCUACCACCAUGUCAGCACUCAUGAAAAACACCGUUCGAUACACGAUGAGACCUCAUCGUUUAUUAGCAAACAAUGCCGCCCGGUCCCUUUCUACAAGACGUUAUUCUAGUACCAUGCAUGAUAAUGACCCAGUGACUCUUGAGACGGAAAAGCAACGCAACCUCAGUCGAACGCAGCACAAGACUUCUACCCCUCACGCUAACGCACCAGGGUGGAACGAAAGCCUCGCGACUUCCUCCGAGGCUUCUGUCAAGGCCGAUCGUUCAGACGGUAGUCCGACUCAGGCCGAAACCGUGGAAUACAUUCUCAAUCGGCACAGUCCCGACGACCGUGUUCACACGCAGGCUACGUUUGUCAAAGAUGUCGUUGAAGGGCCCUUGGGUGCAAAGAGGGACGAAGUAUCGGGACCGUUGGGAACCGCAGAAGGUCGUGAAGACACGGAGACUCUUGUGAAGCGGACUGUCCGCGAAGAAACUACAGAGGUCAAGCGGGGUGCCACUUCCAGUGAGGAAAAUGUGAAAGCUGAUCGAGGGGAAAUUUAGUUAGAAUUCAUCUUUCCGGAUCAUAUAUGGUCGUCAAUUCAAGGUGUAUCAUAGGAUUUUGAUCUCGUUCCUCUGGGUCCGGGGUUUGUCUCGAGGUUGUCACGGAGAAGCCUCUUGAUAGAAUAGUUUCAAGCAAAAUUAUCCCAUGUCUAGUUCCUUGUAUGGUGUUGAUGCCGACGCCGAGUCCCUU